UGGGGCUGAUGCAACAUUUUUCCACACACAUCACGUCUACAUCAGUAUUUAGUUGCCACAUUUUUUGCUUUGACUCGUCCGAUAUUCAACUCGAUAUCUAAUUAAUUUCAUAUUAUAUUAUUUAGGGAGUCUACAUUUAAAAUGACUGAAGAAGAAGCUUUAUUUGAUCCUUCCAUCAAGAAGAAAAAGAAGAAGAAGAAGUUUGACUUAGACAGCGCUUUAGCUUCUGAAGCUGGUGUUGAUGGUAAUAAUGAACAAACAUUAGAUAAAGAAAACCAGGAACCAGUGCCGGACCUUGAUGAAUUUGAUGAUGGAAACCUGGAUCUUGACAACUUCGGUAAGAAAAAGAAAAAGAAAAAAAAGGGCACAAUAAAUUUAGAUGAUUUAGAAAGUGCAUUACCUGAUACAUCAUCAGCAAUGGAAAAUGGUGAUGGCCAAGGAGAGGCUAUGGAUGAUGAUAUUGAUUUAAAUAUGGACUUUUCAAAAACAAAAAAGAAAAAGAAAAGGAAGAAAGAUAUAGAUGAAUUAGUUGCUGAAGAAAUGGAUAAGAAAGGUGACAAAUUUGAUGACAGUAAGUGUUUUCCACUUUUUCAUUUAAUAAGGUUGACAAUCCUUUAUAUGAUUUUAUUCAAAUUUACAUGCUUUAACGAUGGCCAGUGGAAUUUUGAGUCUGCAACUGAUGGUGAAAGUCACACGUGGUUUGGUUCUGAUCGUGAUUACACAUAUGAUGAACUUUUAACUAGAGUAUUUGAGAUAAUGCGAGAAAAAAAUCCUGAUAUGGUUGCGGGUAAAAAACAAAAGUUUGUUAUGCGCCCACCACAAGUAGUCCGAAUAGGUACCAAAAAAACGUCUUUUGCAAACUUUACAGAAAUAUGCAAAACUUUACAUCGUCAGCCAAAACAUUUGUUAGAUUUCUUGUUAGCUGAAUUAGGUACCAGUGGUUCAGUGGAUGGUAAUAGCCAGCUUAUAAUCAAAGGUCGUUUUCAGCAAAAACAAAUUGAAAAUGUACUCAGAAGAUAUAUAAAAGAAUAUGUUACCUGUCAUACAUGUCGUUCACCUGAAACCAUCUUGCAGAAAGACACUCGUCUGUUUUUCUUGCAGUGUGAAACUUGUGGCUCACGAUGUUCUGUUGCCAGUAUUAAGUCUGGUUUCCAGGCCGUCACUGGAAAACGUGCAGCUAUCAGAGCAAAAACUGCAUAAAUACUAUAAUAUAUUUUCUCUUGCGUGCUAUACUAGUUCAGCAAAAUAUAAUAAAAUAAAUAUCACAUUUUUACAAAUUCAAAAAUAUGUUCUUAUUAUUAUGAUAAACAUUUAUUGUAAUAAACCCUACAGAUAUUAAAACAAUCUAAAAUUUGUUUUCCAAAUGUUUAUAUUGCCUAGUUCCAUCUGUUUAUUGAAACACAUUUAAAAAAUUUUAAAGCAGACUUUUUAUAACCAUUUUGAAAUUAUAUUAUAUUAUACAAAAUUAAACAUAGUUAAAUGCUUUUUUAGCUAAUGUCUUUCAAUAAUUUACUUCUAUAUUUAAUAUUUAUGUAAACUACAUUAUUAUUAAAACUUUUGUAAAUGGGACUGAACUAAUAACAGAGAAAUAAUUAAAAUUUGUAUUUAUUUUGAGUGAAAAUUAUAGUAGAUAAUUUUGAAAUAA